AUGGUGGGUGAUCGUGGCAGCAGAAGUAGGAGAAGCAGGUGCAGUACUUGCGUCCCAAACAUCACCUUGUAUCUUGUUUUGCUGUUUGUUCUCCUGACGUGCGUGAUCGGCAUGGCUUGGUUCGUCAUGAAUCCCCACGAACCAAGCAUUCGAGUGACUUCUCUUUCUGUAUCCCACUUCUCAGUUUCUGAUACAGAGCUCACAGGCACGUAUGACAUCGAAUUCAACGUGAGCAACCCCAACAAGAAGAUAGACAUAUUCCUCGACGAAUUCAGUGUUUCCAUACGCUAUCAUAAGGCGGAGCUCGCUCGGGGCACGGAGCAGAAGCCGGAGCCUAUCUCGCUGGAGAGGUCGAGGGGGAUGAACGUGAAGGUUCGCGUCGUCAUGAAGGCGGACUCACCCAAACUGAGGAAGAAUAAGGUAUUUGCACAGGUGUUGGAGGAUUGGAGGAGGAUGAAGGUGAAGUUCGACGUGAGAAUGGAAUUGAGUGUGAGAUUUGAAGCUGGGAACUGGCCACCUAAGUCGAAGCUUCUGAAUCUGAACUGUGGCGGCGUGAGUGUCGACUUCUUCAGAGACGGCAAAGACGCGGGCAAGUUUGUGGGUACCGGUGGGAAGGAUGAUUGUCAUGUCUAG